UCUCACCGUUUCUUCCUCGUCUCCGUCUCUACACGGCGGCGCCGCCGCCGCCAGCUGCUGCCAGGAGCCAAGCCCAAGCCUGAGCUUAAACCAUGCCGAUUGGUUCUCUUUUCGUGUCGAGGCUGGCCAGGUCUAGCCAUGCCCUCCCCGCUGCCGCCGCCGCGGCCAUCUCUCAGGCGCCCAGGCCCCAGCACAUCGCAUCUCCUAUAUUCUCCGGCCUUGGAGCAGCGGCUCGUGAUUUCAGCUCAAGGGCUCUAUGGAAGGGAGCAUUCGUCGAUGCCUUCCUGGCUAGAAUAAAGAAGAACAGAGAAAACAUGAAUGGGAAGAAGAUUUGGUCUCGUAGGUCUUCUAUUUUGCCGGAAUUUGUUGGUUCCACUGUGCUCAUUUACAAUGGGAAAAGUCAUGUCCGGUGCAAGAUCACUGAAGGGAAGGUUGGCCAUAAAUUUGGAGAGUUUGCUUUUACACGGAGACGAAGGCCCCAUCGAACAAUAACAGGAAAGGGAAAUCAAGGAAAGGGCAGAAAGUAAAAGUAGAAAUGUGCAUGAAAGGUGGGUUUAAGGACAGCUUGAUGACGGCGUAGCUGACGAACAAGCACUUGAAUCACCAGAAUUCAUGAUCUGGACUGUUUUUUCUUAGACCAAUAACCGCAGGAAAAUGUUAGCUCAUCUUACUUAGGGGUAAUUUGGUAACUCUAUUUUUCCAAGACAUUUUUAUUUUUCUAAGAGAAAAUUAACUAAUUUUUCUUAGUAAAAUAGAAAUCCCUUAGAAAAAUGAGGUUGCCAAACCAGCUCUUAAAAAUUUGCCUACGGACUCUGUUCCUCUGUUAUUUCCUGCUUGCUAUCGGUGUGAUCGGUAUACCUUAAACUGAUUGUAAGUUAUGCUUUAGAGUGAUUGUUUAUGAACAAAACUAGCUACAUUUCUGACUGCUGCAAGCAAACUUGAGUGCCUCAAGUAGCCGUCAGGUAGAAAAUCCUUUGCUUUGCACGUACUCU